AUGCCGUUUGGAUUCUCGAUCGGAGACAUUAUUCUCUGCGCCCGGAUAGCACAUCGCCUUUUCUCUUCCGUCACUGCAGGACGCAACAAAGCGCCUCGCGACCUCAAAGAGCUCCAGGACGCACUCUUCGGCCUCUGCUAUGCCUUAGACCUUCUGCAAGUAAAGCAUAAGGCUAUCAUGGCCAGCGCCACUUCCAGGCCCAACAUUGUUACACCGCCGACGAAUCAACCCUUGGGGUACAUGAUCAAGUCCUGCCAGAAGACACUAGAGGAGCUCGAUAAUGCCACGGCCAAAUAUCGUGCAGCGGCCGACGACCCUCCGCUGGUCAGGGCCCAAGUCAGGGCCCAAUGGAAGAGGAUUUUGUGGGAUCUACGAGGCGACUCCCUUACUAAAUACCGACAGAAGCUUCAAUCCCAUACGGAUUCGAUCAGUCUCGUCUUAAGCACUUUCAUAUGGUCUACUACCGAUCGCAUCGAGGAACAGAAUAAACGUCAUGCACAGAAGCUGAAUGAGCUAUACUACCAAACAUCCCAGUUCAAUAAGAAUGUGUAUCAGUUGGAGCAGACUCCAGGCCACCAUAACUACGCUCAGUCACACCAUAUUUAUGAACCCCUGGCCCAAGGCGCUCGACUGACUAAACAAUGA